AUGGAUCCAAAUGAUGAAUCGGAAGAAGAUGCUACUUUAAAGCCAGAAGACUUAAUUGGUAUAAACUAUUUAGUCUUAGAUAUGUUACCUGCUGAAUAUAAUUCUCGUAUUAAAGCUAUGAAAGCUGAUGAAAAACCAACUAAAGAUUAUACUGACAUUGGAGGUUUAGAUAAGCAGAUCAAAGAAUUGGUAGAGGCUAUCGUGCUUCCUAUGACAUAUGCUGAUAGAUUCAAGAAUUUAGGUAUCAAACCACCAAAAGAUGAAUUGGAUACUAUAGGAACUAAAUAUUUUGAUAGUGGAAAAAGUGGUUAUCGAGAGAUACAACGAGCAAUGUUAGAAUUAUUGAAUCAACUUGAUGGAUUCAGCAGUGAUGAAAGAAUCAAGUCAAGCCGAGGAUAG